UGUCCAUGUGACCACCAGAACACACAGCGCUUAGUGGUAUUUAAACAUCACUGUCGACAGACACGGUGCUGAAGUAGCGAACUCCCAUACUGAAAGAAAAAAUACAACAAUACUCCGACCAAUCAAUUAACAUUUUGAUUUGUCUCAUCCAAUUGGAUGCAUUUGCGUCUAAAUAUAUAUAUAACACGCGGAGCUGCUUCAUUCCUGGACAUUAACCGUUUUUAUUCCUCCAUAUGAUCAUCACCACCAGAUCCAGAUUGAUAUCUAAGAGGAUGCGACAAAAUGAAUGGGUUUCUGCAUGGUUAUUCAAUGUCAUACGUUUGUGGCGAGCUGUUUGGAAGCGCGCGCACGCUGCUCUGUGUGAAUGCUGUGGAGUAACGCGGAUGAGGAUGUGAAGCACCUGUAGCUGAACCUUUGAUCUGUAUAUGCUGCCAGCCUCUGCAGCAGCGGACUAUUUCAAACAAACAAAAAGGUACUGAUACACGCAUUUCUGCUACAGGCAGGCAGGGCUGCUCUCUCGCUCUCUCUCUCUCUCCCUCUCUCUCUCUCUCUCCCUCUCUCUCUCUUUCUCUCUCUCUGAUGCCGUCAGCCGUCUAAUCUCCAGUGCAAAAGCGCAAAGGUAAAGCCAUUUACGUGUCCAUUAAUAUCUAAGCCUCUCUGUAGGCGCUCUUCUCUGCUUGCAGACGGGAGCAGGGAUAGAGAGGAAUGCGCUGUGACAAGAGCAUUGACUGGAUUUGUAUGGCUGGUGUUCUACGGUGGAAACUAAAAAUAGACAUCCGAUUCAAGCUCACCCAGUGUGCGACGCGCGUUGUUCGUGAUCCUUUAAUUUUUUUUACUCACUGCUUGUUUAACAUUUGAGUUUCUUACUGUAGGGGAGAUUUUAUACCAUAUAUUUUUUUAAACAACCAUGGGCAAAGAGGAGUGUAAAACCAUGCUGGACGCUCUGAACAAAGUGACUGCGUGCUACAGGCACCUGGUCAUAGCACUGGGGAGCACCUCGGACUCCCAGAACCUCCGGGAGGAACUCAAGAAGACCCGUAAGAAAGCACAGGAGCUGGCGGUCGCCAACCGGACCAAACUGACUGCUCUGCUCAAAGACAAGGCCACCAGCAAAGACGACCGGGCCGAGUACGAGCGACUGUGGGUGGUGUUCACCAGUAGCAUGGAGCUGCUGGAAGUGGACAUGAAGCGGAGCCUGGAGAUAGGGCAGGAGUUCCCCCUCAAGGUGCCCACCAGACACCUCAUUCAGACCGGCAUGACAGGCAGCACCACCACGGUGGCGGCCAGGGCCAUGUCCGUGCAGAACAUGAAGUACGACGCGGAUGGCAACAUCGACACGGCCGACCUGAAGGAGCUCCAGGCGGAGAUCGACCAGCUGGGCCAGAUGAUGGAGGAGAUGGAGAUGAAGGUGCAGGUGGCGCCGUGGGCCGUGGAGGCCAAGCAGGAGGCCGGCGCGGAGCUCAAGUCCUCGCUGAGCGUCGGGAACUCCUCCGUGGGCGUCAUCUCCAUCUGCGAGGAGGAGCCCAAGGACGAGAUGGACGACGGGGGAGACGACAACGGGAUGAUCACGUGCGUCGCUGGCUUGAUGUUCGUCGGCAUUGUGGUGAUCGCCGGGGUUCUGGGGUACUUUGUGGUGGGCGGGUAGAUUAGGACACCUUGCAGUGCACGUUUGGACCCA